UAUUGACCCUCCCUCCACCUCUCUUUUCCACUACUUGCUCUGGAGCAUUGCUUAGAGUAGCGCCAUUAUUGACAGGAUAGCAUGGCUUUUGUCUUCAAUGGACCUCCCCCUUCCGUCGACGACCACCACCCGCACCAUGAAACCUCGACAUCGAGCUUCUUCCCGUUCUUGCAUCACCCUCCAGAGAACACUGGCGACAUGCAGCCACAACACCAUUUGAAGGAUAAAGACCGUCCUCGACUAGAAAUUUUGCUCGAUAAAGAAUGCAUCUAUCUCAAAGGAACAGGUGUAGACGUCGAGUCGGCGCGUCUUUCAGGCCAUGUUGCCCUUUACCUUCUAGAAUCCACGUCUAUCAAGGAAAUUACUCUGCAGUUCAGAGGGAAAGCCAGGUUACCAGCAACAACACAUGAACCGACGACUCUCAAUUCCGCGCCUCUUACUUACAUCGUCUGCAAUCAUGAAUGGUCUUUUCUCGAGGGCGAAAAAAAACACUCCCAUACUCUCAAAGCCGGUCGUCACCUUUUCCCUUUUCAACUUCAACUCGGCGGUUCACUGCCCUCCAGUAUCUCCACCACAAUCUUUGGUGGUGCCUCAGUAGCCUACAAGUUACGAGCGCAUGUCUCUCGUCCCGGUUUCAAUAAUAACCUGCAAGCUGUUAUCCCAGUAAACGUCGUUCGUUCAUUCGCGCCGGAAGCACUAGAGUAUCAGCAAACUCUUGAGAUCGAGAAUACAUGGCCAGAGAAGAUCAUGUACUCGAUCAUGAUUCCACACAAAGCUUGGGCGGCCGGCGACACGCUUACUGCGCUCGUCAAAUUCUCACCAUUAUUGAAAGGCGUUGGGGUGCUUAAUAUCAAUACGUCAAUUAAUGAGACGACAAAGGUGUACUCAAAGAGUGGUCAUCAGGAGGCGAGUAGGGUUGCCGGCUCUGCCAAGCAUGAGAUCAUUGGUGGAAAGGCUGUGGAAGUGAAUGAGGACCAUCAUCAACCGAGUAAACUUGCCUCACCUUUACACCCUCAAUCACCGUCCGGCGGACCUCCCAAUCGAUUGUCAAACGGUGCAGGGGCAGGAAACUACUUCACGUUUAACCCUCAAACCCACACACAUACAGAACCAGAAGCUGGUCCCUCCACGUUUUCCUCUCGUCCAUCGACCCCUCCCCCACCGGAUGGCUUUGAACUCUCCCAAGACGAUAUCGUCACUUACUUGUCCAUACGCAUUCCUCUCACUAUCACUCCUACACACGGACUCGAUCCUAUCAUAGUCACGCAUCGAAUCCGUUGGUCCAUCCUCCUCGUCAACCCCGACGGCCACACGUCCGAACUACGUUGCUCCCUGCCUAUUCAUCUCCUUGAUCACCGUCUAUAUGAAGAAGCCAGGAUGCAUACUACGGAAUCGAGACGCUUACUCGUCGGUUCAUCCGAUGUUACCGCAGCCAAUUCGUCUGAAGUAGACGAUGAUAUGGAACUGCCCAGUUAUAGUGCACACCUCCGGGAUAGAGUGGCAAACAUGUAUUUGCCGGAAAGUGUCAUGAUGCGUGUAACGAAUCCAUGGAUCAGGAAUAAUGUCAGUCCUGUAGCGUAUCCUGGUGAUCUAGGUUCUCCCUGGCCGCUUUCCCCUUCCGGUUGUGUAAGCCAGUUAGAAGCUCAAGCGUUUGGGGUUUCGAGUCUACCUUCCUCGCCUCGGAGUGAAGGUUUAAGUCCGGGUUUAGGAGGAACACAAGCUUUGGAAUGGGUCAACUCCGAGUUGCUGCUCUCCUUGACAGAUAGUCCACCUGACAUGAACAUGACCCCCCGCAUUCCUCCUUCACCUGCUCCCCCUUCCUUCACCCAUCCUCCAACGCCCGGUUCUGGUUCUAACUCUGAGCCCGACUCCUACCCGAGUUCGAGGUAUCAUAGUCGACCAGGCAGUCGAAGUUCAUCUCCUGAGCGUAGCUCUCCAACUCACUCUGCUUCAUCCAGCGAGACAUACAUCCAUAGCCACUGCAAUGCCUCGAGAAAUGUACACGGGGUGUUCAAAAAUGCCAUGAAACCCUUCACUUCCAUGAAUCCAGCUAGCGGGUGGCUACACAGCUCUAGGUCAGGGAGCCACGGAAAUUUAGCUUCUAUGGUUUCGCAUUCCCAUGGCCAUGGCCAUGGAUCCACAUCCCACUCUCCCCAUCUCCCAUCUUCGCAUCUUACUCCAGACAACACAUCGCCGCCUUCGUCACGACCUACUUCUUCCCAUGAACCUCCUGGUGCUUUGAAUUACACGACGGGAACGGCAUUGUUACAUCGUGCGUUUACGGAGGUACCUGAGUAUAAUGUCGCAAAUAGAGGGUUUUUGGGUGGUGUUCCUCCGCUUAGCAGCUUGCGUGGGUUACCGAGUUAUGAGGAGGCUUCGGGUAGUGGGAGUGGAGGAUUGUCUACUCCGUAUCUUUCUCCUCAGCCUUCUGAGGGUGAUUUGGUGGAGAGGUUUGGGCGCGCAAGUGUGUCGACGUAGUCUGUGUUGUAAGGCGAGGUUUUUUUUUGUUUGUUUUUUUUUGGCGUUUCUUGUCCCCUGGUCCGUUCGUAAUAUUCGCAACUCCGAUUUAGUCCGGUGUCGUGAGUUGAGGCUUUUUUGUUGUUAUUUUUGUUUUUGGCGUUUCUUGUCCCUGGGUUCCUUCGUAAUAUUCGCAUCUCAUCAUUUUGCGCUUCGGCAUAUAUACAUCCUGUUUCCUACAUCUCCGUUACAUUCAUGCAACUCUCAUAGAUCUCCCUUUCUCUCUUUGGAUAGCAUACACCUCCUACUUACAUAUCUCAACUCUCCCAUCUCUAUCAAUUUCAGUUAAUGUACUUAACACACAUAGAUAUAAAAAGAGUUAAUAAUCCCAG